AUCCCUCUCUCUCUCUUCUUUCUCUCUCUCUCUCUCUCUCUCACACACAAACACACACUGAAAAAGGGGCAUGUUCUCUCUCGCCAUCAUAUCAACUGAUCCAAUAGCCUAAUCGGAACACUCUUUCCUUGGGUUUGUUUGGUUUUGCGUUUUUUGUUUUCGGGACUGGAGAUUUCGGGAGAUGAGCAAAGAACGGCCACCGGAGCCGCUUGAUUUCUUCAUUUGGACGGUUGAGGAUGUUGGCCUUUGGUUGGAGGAAAUAAAUCUGGGAGGGUAUCGCCAAACUUUUAAAGAAAAUGGUGUUAACGGAGAGUAUCUGGAAGGUAUGUCCAUGUUUACAACCGAGCAAAUUCUUCGGUUCAUUCGACGUUGCCACAUGAAAUGGGGGGAUUUUAUAACGCUUUGCAAGGAACUCAGAAGGAUUAAAGUGGCUUGCUUGAAGGGGGAGCAAAAAGUGCGGCGGCCGUGGUGGGCCCCAUCUUGCCUAUCGAUAGUCUUUGUGAGGGUGGCAAAGCGUAACAGGCAAUCACGGGUUGUUUCCAUGAAGCUAGAACCUUGACUGAAACAUGAGGUCUCCUCGGAAGGAUGUAUCAUACAUCUUUAAUCCCGAUUAAUCGAUCAGGACAACCAGAUGUUUGAUACAUCCUUCCCGUCCAUCUAAUCCACCCACGAUAUCCGCACAACAUGUCGUUUCUUUCGUUUCAUUUUUAUUUUAGAAAUCAAACUAGCGAAGCAUCUUCUUGUAGCUGCUGUUGAAGAUGCUGCUGCUGCUGCAUCGCCGUCGUCGUCUUAUAUUGUAUCUUCUGUAUCAAUUUUAUUAUGUAAAGCUUGUGGAAGAUAAUACGGAGAUGAAAAUUGUAUUAUAUUUUGUGUAGAUGUAUUUCUCUCGUUCGAUAUAGGCAAAGAUUACAAAAUUUGAACC